GCUUUGGAGCCGCUACGUUGCUAAGGGGACGGGAAGCGGCGGCGGUGUCGCAGAGCGGUGACAGCUGAGAGCCCGGCCCGAGUGUUUCUUCUGCCCUGAGGCUAUCAGCGCUUUAAACUGUAGGCAUGUCAGCAUGUUUAUGAUUAUGUAAUAGCACCUGAGGAGGAUAUCUGCCUUAUGACAGUCUGAUUACACUUAGGUAACUCUGUUUGGAGUCUUCUCAAAUGAUAUUACCAAAUGCCUGUGCAACAGCCAGAGAAAUCAACGAACUCUGAAAUCCCACAGUCUCCUACAUCCCAGAUUCCAGGUCUUGGUGAUUGUGCAAAUGCUCACAAUGAAGGGAUGUUUGGGUCCCGUAGGAAGUGGAUCAGAGAUACUGAUUCAGCUUACGUAAGGCUAGCAAAGCAAGGAGGCCGACCUGACUUGUUGAAGCACUAUGCUCCUGUUACUCCUGUUACAAAGAAAUCAACGCCAGUAGCAUAUGCUGCACCUGACUGGUACGUGCACCACUCCAGUCCUCCAGCAAACAAAGAGCCACGGAAGGAUGUUUCCUCUCUACCAGAUUAUAUGAUUCACAAAGAGUUUAAUGUUGCUGACCAUGCCAGUAGUAAUUAUGAGACAAGAAGAGGGCCUUUUGAUUUUGAUAUGAAAAGUGUUUGGCAACGAGAUGCUGAGGACAAGGAAAACACAGAGAAAAAAACGGUAAAGCUCCCAGCAAUUAAUGCUAAAUAUCCAAGCAAAACAGCGAAUGUUUCUAUGAACAAGGAAUUCAGUGGGAAAAAUAAGAUUUCCUUCCCACCAAUGCCAGCUCAGAGAAAAGGUGAACCAGUAAACUUUAGCAAAUUAAUUAGCAAUGGCUAUGGGACAGACUGGUUUCAGCAGCAUACUAGAUGUGGAAAAAAGAUUCAAGAUGCACCAAAAGAUACCGAGCAGACCCAAGAUUCAGAGCCAUCCCAGUCUGAAUCAGCACCUGCAAGCGAUGAAUCGAAGCCAUGAUUUCAGGAAUGUAAACAGUAAUUAGAAAGGCUAUUGGGGAAAGCAAGAUAUUAUAUAGCUGAUGAUAAAGUCCACUACUUACAUCUUUGCUUGAUUACUUUUAUCUUAUUUAUAGUUGGACUCAUCCCUGAUUGUAGUUCAGCUGAUUUAUAACACGGAUGAACACCAUUGUGCUUGAUUACAGCAAACUUUAAAGAAAAGCUGCCAGUACAUAUACCUAGGUUUUUUUUCUUCUUAAUAUACAUAAAGAAAAACUGAAGUUCUCUUCUACACCAGACUUGUUGGCAUUUCUCAUUAUAGACUAAUCUUAAAGGAGAUGCAUCAGCAGGGUAACAUUAGCUAAGGUACACAUAUUUAUACAUUCAGCCUUUAAAUUAAAAAACAUAUAUUCAUCCUGAAUUUCUGAAUGCAACAGAAAUAUUAUAUGCUAAAUACUUGUGUUUACUCAAAGCAAUAAAACAAUUUGUACUUUGAAAAAAACAACGUAUCUAACUCAUUUAAGGAUUCUGAAAUACACAUACCCACAUGUUAACACUUGUUCUUUUAUCUGUUUGAACUAGGAUGUAACUUUAAAUUCUAUGAAAAAUUAAAUGCUUUAUAAUAAAAAACAUUAGAAAGGCGAACCAGUUUCAG